AUCAAAAACCCUCCUAUUAUCUCUUUUUAUUCUCUCUUCUCUCUCUUUGUAUUUUGAAGAAUUCUGAAGAACUAUAUAGCUAUGUCUUUCUUCAACCUUAAAUUGUCUCUAAUGAUUGUAGCUGUAUUAUUAUUGAGCUCUACAAUGGCUCAAUCUCCCACCAAAUCGCAGCCACCAAGGAAAGCAAUCUCUCCGUCACCUGCUGCCGUUACACAAUCGCCGGCGUCUUCUCCAACCUCUGGAAGUUCUCCUCCGGCGAUCUCUCCUUCUUCCAUCUCUGGUCCACCAUCUGAAGCACCAGGACCUGCUUCCAACGCUGUCGUUUUGAACAGAGUUUCAGUUGCGGCUGGAUCUGGUCUUGUGUUUUUCGUAGCUGUUUUGAUCUUGUAGAGACAUUAAUUCUGCUAUGGAGUUAUAUUUUGUUUUUUAAUUCAAUUCAUUCAUUUGAUUUACUAUAAGUUUUGGUUCUGUUA